GAUGAAUUCAAGAGAGACUAUCUUCUCAAAAUACCAAUUCUGUAGCUUCAAGCCUAAUUCCACCCUUGAGGAUAAGAGAUUCAUUGCAAGACUCAGCCUCCUGCACAACCAGACUCAAGACAUUGAGACACUUCCAAGUUGUAAGGACGGAAUCAAGCAACUCUCAAGCUUUGUAGACAAACGAAUUGAGGGAGGAGCCCUUAAGUCUAAUCUAACUUUGCUGGGAAUUCCUUCAAAUGUAGACCACGAAUUUGCUCUGAAAGAUUUAUCCUCCCAAACAAAGCGGGAGAGAAAGCACCCAAAAGUGUUACUUCCCUUGAAAAAUAAGCGUGAAAUCAAGGCUUUCAGUGUUGAAUCUAAGCUCAGGAUCAAGAAUUGUAGGAAAAUAAGAGCCUUGUCACAAGGCCAUUCCCUUUGGGACGACAGGUCUACAAAUUACCCCAAGAGUACUAGCCAAAAUCCUUCUUUUAAGCAAUGGACGCAGGAUACCAGCGAUCCACUCCAGCCAAGCAUCAGGAAUUUUGAGCCAACACUUCUUGCAAUGAAUGGACACUCCACUUUGAGGAAGAAUCUCCCCAGAGGAGAUACCCUAAAGCAGGAUUUCUUCGAGAACAAGGCUCUUGGCAACCACAAGCAAUUCUCAUCAGCUAGGAAACCAGCUCCUAGUCAGAGAAGAGAUCUAAAAAAUCACCUCACCAAGAAGAGGUUUGAUUUCAUCAAGCCACAUAAUAUUUCGAAGAAGUUCGAUGUUAAGAACCUUCCUUUGACGAUCAGGAAGCCUUGUUUUGGGAACAUCCCCAGUUACGAUACCAGAAAGUGUACUCCCAAACAAUCCCAGAAGAAGUCCUCCCAAAACGAAUCAAAUAGCUUCUUGAAUAAGUUGGAGGAAUCUUUAAAUCAGAGACAAGCUGAAUAUGAACUCCCUCGGUUUAGAGAGGACAAGAAGCAGAAAGGCUCCCGAGAAUCAGAGCAUGUCAUCCCGGAAAGCUCUGAUCUCUGCUAUCUCACCUUCUAUCCACUCUCUCAUAAAGCGAGGGUUGGCCAGUAGAUUGCCGGCCAGGAAUUCAUUCACCAAAAUAAGCUAGAUAGAAUAAUAUCUAUAUUAUCAUAAACUUUCCCAUGAAAUUUUAGCUCAAUGAUGAAUGAAUCUUCUGACUCUAAUUGCAUAUAUCCCACCUCUGCAUAAUCCUAAAAUCAGUGGAUGGAUAGAUUGGAGGCCGA